UCUAGUCGGACACCAUAACAUUGAAGAAGUGUUGGCUUUGUCGUAUUUUUCCCGCGAAAGGAUCUGCUGAAGAAGCACAGGCUGGUUAAUGGAUCCUGUUCACAAAGACCUGCUGAGGAAACACACCCUGGACCUGUGCGAGGACCUGCUGGUCAGCGACAUCAUCGUUCCGUUCUUGUACCAGGAGGACAUUUUAACGGCGGCGCAGGUAGACGAAGUCCAGUCUCAAAGCACAGACCGGAAAAGGAAUCUAAAGCUUCUGGACAUUUUGCCCAACCGCGGCCCGCGAGCUUUCCACUGCUUCAUUCAAGCUCUGGACUUCGAAUUCAGCUGGCUCAAAGACCGCCUGCUUCUAGAUCUGCGGGCCCGAACCGAAACCGGAUCCAGUUGUUCACGUCUUAAUGAAACCCCAGCGCCUGGUGGACAUGGCGACAUCUGGUGUCUGCCUAGCUCGCUUGGAGAGAAAAUUCCUUCCGAUCAGGAGCUGUCCCGCCUGGCAUCUCUUCUGGGUGGCGAGUGGGAGGCCGUGCUGAUGGAUUUAGGCGUGUCCGCCGCCGCUUUGUAUCGCUGCCGGGCCGAUCACACCCUCAGCCAUCACGGCACCACUCUGGCCGCCCUGUUGCUAUGGAGACAAUCCGAGGGGAAGAACGCCACCCUGCACCGACUGGAGCGGAGUCUGCAGGCGGCCGGCGUCCAUCCGUCUGUCCUGAAAGAUGUCCUGCUGUGAGACGGUACGCCGGCCCCGCAUCGAAACAAGAAGACGGGAGGACCCCUGCGGACGAGUCCACAUCAGCUGGACACGCUACUCCAAGCGGAAGAUGAAGACUCACAGCGUCUGGAAGCUGACGUCCAUGGCGGUGUUCCACUCCCCAGGACGGAACUUCUCCCACGUCAACAAGCCGCUCAAACCUUGUCCUCCGCAGGCCGCGUCUCUGCUGCUCGUCUCCGGUUCCGCUGAAGAGUCCUGCGAGCCGCUUCGUCUUCUUUUACUGACAGGAGCGCUGAACAGGGAAGCCUUCUUACAACACUUCCUGUUGUCACUGUCAAUCCAAUGGAACUCACCUGGUCCGCAGUAGGGAGGCGGAGCCUGGCAAACUGGUGGAUGCAGGCGGGGCCGAAGCCGUCCAGGGGACGCCGUACGUGGGCGGCGAAGGAAGGCAACAUCUAUCUGAAGGCAGCAAGUGUCCACCUGAGUGCAGUGUGGGCGGGACCGCUGAGGACGCACACCUGACCACAGACGAGGCGGGGUUGUGGCUCAGCGGGAGAUCAGGAGGGAUGUAGGCGGGGUCUGAAAAGAAGGCGCAGUUAGCAAGCUGCCUUGCUACCAUGGGCUGGUUGGACCAAUAGGGGGGCUCCAUUUGCAAAUCUGUCAAGACGACGCGCUAACGUUAGCAUUAGCACUUGGCCGAGAGAUUGUGUUUUAGCCAACUCCUGACCUGGGAUCUGCUCAGGAGAGCAGGCCUCGGAGUCAGGUGGGGAGUCAGGAAGCGCGCUGGAAGUUUGAAGAAGACAAAAGUGGCGUAAGAGACUCGUGUUGCGCUGCAACUCCUCUGUUUAGCUCACAAAGUGUUCGGGUCCAAGUCACUGCUCAGGUAGCGCUCCAGGAUGCUGGUAUCCACGGCUACAGAACUGUCCAGAACGUGACUCACAUCCCGACCUGCACAGGAUCACAUGACCUUCAUAAUUCCCAGUUCUCAUGUACAUAAUGUAUAUAUUUAAUGAAGUUAAACAAUGGAUGUCCACUAACUUUUUGCAACUCAACGCCAAAAAAACGGAAAUGCUGAUUAUCGGUCCUGCUAGACACCGACCUCUAUUUAUUAAUACAACUUUAACAUUUGACAACCAAACAAUUAAUCAAGGCGACUUAGUAAAGGAUCUGGGUAUUAUCUUCGACCCAACUCUCUCCUUUGAGUCACACAUUAAAAGCGUUACUAAAACGGCCUUCUUUCAUCUCCCUAAUAUCGCUAAAAUUCACUCCAUUUUGUCCACUAACGUCGCCGAGAUCAUUAUCCAUGCGUUUGUUACGUCUCGUCUCGAUUACUGUAACGUAUUAUUUUCGGGUCUCCCCAUGUCUAGCAUUAAAAGAUUACCGUUGGUACAAAAUGCGGCUGCUAGACUUUUGACAAGAACAAGAAAGUUUGAUCAUAUUACGCCUAUACUGGCUCACCUGCACUGGCUUCCUGGGCACUUAAGAUGUGACUUUAAGGUUUUACUGUUUACGUCUAAAAUACUACACGGUCUAGCUCCAGCCUAUCUUGCCGACUGUAUUGUACCUGAUGUCCCAGCAAGAAAUCUGCGUUCAAAGGACUCCGGCUUAUUAGUGAUUCCCAGAGCCCAAAAAAAGUCUGCGGGGUAUAGAGCGUUUUCCGUUCGGGCUCCAGUACUCUGGAAUGCCGUCCCGGUAUCAGUUUGAGAUGCCACCUCAGUAGAAGCAUUUAAGUCUCACCUUAAAACUAAUUUAUAUACUCUAGCCUUUAAAUAGACCCCCGUUUUAGACCAGUUGAUCUACCGUUUCUUUUCUUUUUCUCCUCUGUCCCACUCUCCCUUGUGGAGGGGGUCCAGUACGGUGGCCAUGGAUGAAGUACUGGCUGUCCAGAGUUGGGACCCAGGAUGGACCGCUCGUCCAGAGUCGGGACCCAGUAUGGACCGCUCGCCUGUGUAUCGACUGGGGACAUCUCUGCGCUGCUGAUCCGCUGCUGAUCUGCCUCCGCUUGGGAUGGUUUCAGAGGUGGAUCAGCUGUUCCUGUUGGCUCCACUAUGGACGGGACUCUCGCUACUGUGUUGGAUCCACUGUGGACGGGACUCUCACGGUUGUGUUGGAUCCAUUAUGGAUUGAACUUUCACAGUAUCCUAGAGGGAGGGGGGUUGCCCACAUAUGCGGUUCUCUCCAAGGUUUCUCAUAGUCAUCGUUGUCACUGUCACCGACGUCCCACUGGGUGUGAGUUUUCCUUGCCCUUAUGUGGGCCUACCGAGGAUGUCGUGGUGGUUUGUGCAGCCCUUUGAGACACUAGUGAUUUAGGGCUAUAUAAAUAAACAUUGAUUGAUUGAUUGUGAAGUGAAUUAUAUUUAUAUAGCGCUUUUCUCAAGUGACUCAAAGCGCUUUACAUAGUGAAACCCAAUAUCUAAGUUACAUUUAAACCAGUGUGGGUGGCACUGGGAGCAGGUGGGUAAAGUGUCUUGCCCAAGGACACAACGGCAGUGACUAGGAUGGCUGAAGCGGGAAUCGAACCUGCAACCCUCAAGUUGCUGGCACGGCCACUCUACCAACCGAGCUAUACCGAUUGAUAUUGUUUUUCAAAUCACCUGCCAUGUAUACUGUGUAUAUGUACACAAUUCAUCCAUUUUUUAAACAUAUAUUUUUCUAUACAUGUUACAAGUUAUAUAUCUUUUAUUAUCGAAUGUAUCAAAUGGGAUGAAUAUUUAAUGGACCACAAUGGAAACAAGCCUUUGUGCUUUUUGUGCCAUCCAUUUGCCUUUUUAAAGCAUUACAUGGAUUCAAGUCUUUAAGGUGUCAAUAAACUUCUCAAUCAAUCAAUCAGAGUUUUAGACAACUAGAACCUUCUCAACACCAAAACCUCUCGAACAGGGGUGUGAAACGUACAGCCCUCUCAGGCCAGAUCAGGCCCGCAAACAGGUAUUAUCCGGCCCGUGUGAUGAGCUUGUCAAAUAUUAAAAUGAGCUGCAUUUUUUUUUUUUUUUUUUUAUGAAUGAAACUGUUGUUUUAAAUGUGUCCACCAGAUGUCAUAAUAGCAAUUCUGUUGGGAAUAGCAAGAGGCAUACUUGCCAACCCUCCCCAUUUCAGUGCCUCUCCUGAAAAUCUCCCAGGACAACCAUUCUCCCGAAUUUCUCCCGAUUUCGAGCCGGACAACAAUAUUGGGGGCGUGCCUUUCCAGGUCCAUGCGGACCUGAGUGAGGACAGCCUGUCGUCACGUCUGCUUUUCCUCCAUACAAAAGCGUCCCGGCCCAUUGACGUUUUAACAUUUACGGCUUUUGGAGAGUGCACAACUGCACACACAACAACAAGAAGGACAUGAAGCAGAAGAACCAAGAAGAGACAGUCAUAGCGACGGCGAGUAAGAAGAAGAAGUACGCCCGCAAGUUCCAAAAUGAUUGAAAACCAGAAUUUCAGUUCAUCCAGGACAGCUCGUAGGGGAAGGGGUAUGCUGCCUGCAAAUUUUGUAGAUCAGACUUCAACAUUGGACACGGUGGCCGAACGGAUAUAGUCACUCUUGAACAAUCAGAGAAGCACAAGGCGGCAACGCCCGGUACUAUGGGCCACCUUGCUAAAUGGAGACCCGAGGGUGUAACAUAUGCCGAGACAAAGAAGGCUAUGCUGAUAGCUGCAUUUGCGGAUGUUUUCAACAAAUCCAUGAAGGAUAUGUUCACGGAUUCAGAGAUCGCUCGCCAGUACUCAAAUGGCAGAACAAAGGCUACUCAAAUGGUGAAAGGUAAGUGUUAUUUUUUUUAUUAAGCAGCAAGUACAAUAAAUUUAGUAGAACUGGGUUUUCACAACUGCGUAUUGUAUUAGGGCUGCAAAUCUUUGGGUGUCCCGCGAUCCGAUUCAAUAUCGAUUCUUGGGGUCGCGAUUCGAUUAUAUAUCGAUAUUUUUUUCAAUUCAACGCGAUUCUCGAUUCAAAAACGAUAUUUUUCCGAUUCAAAACGAUUCUGUAUUCAUUCAAUGCAUAGGAUUUCAGCAGGAUCUACCCCAGUCUGCUGACAUGCUAGCAGAGUAGUAUUUUUUUUUUAAAAAGCUUUUAUAAUUAUAAAGGACAAUGUUUUAUCAACUGAUUGCAAUAAUGUAAAUUUGUUUUAACUAUUAAAUGAACCAAAAAUA